AUGCCAGCAAAGCUGAAGAGACCGCCAGUCAAAGUGGAGGCCACAGGACGCACCAGCAGUAGUGGCAGCAAUAUACCGCAAAUACCCUUUGGCACAUUCUUCCUGCCCUACAGGCCCAAGGUAGCUAAGGCUAUACAGGCGCGCAAGCAGGCAGCUUUAAUAUUGGAGCCGCAUUCCAAGGCGGUUGUGGGCAAUGGCGGCACGGCCAUAUCCACGCCCAUAUCACGAGCGCUGCUCAAGAAGGGCCCCCAUGCACUUAAAUAUUUACAUUAUGCACUGCCAACUCCUAGACAUAGAUCCGCAGAAAGAGAAGCGCUGUCUUACUAUGGCGGUUUGCGUGGACUGCGCUUCCAGCAGCAGCCGCAGUUGCGUGAUGCCGACGACACCAUUACUAUCUCAGCUGCCAGCAUCUCCGCUGUAGCCGACGGCAGCAGCGGUUCCAAUUCCAUUUCAAUCUCCGCCAGCGGCAGCAAUUUCAAUCGCAUACAAGAGGCAGCAGCACGUCUGGUGGCCAUACAGGAGCUGGCCAAGCAAAAGGGAUCCUUUAGCGAGGAGGACAACAAAAUCUAUGCCAAUAGUCUGCUGGAGCUGGGCCAGGCAGCCACGGCAUUGGCUCUGUUGCAGCAGAAUGGGCAGAUUAAGGACUUCAGCGUGCUGUUGCAGCCAGAGUUGUUCGCCAAGCCACAAAAGGCCAACCAUCCAAGUCAGCAGGUAGAGGAGCAGAAGCUGGAGGAGGUCACUGAGCAACAGCUAAGUCCCGAGGAGCUGCUGCCGCCCAACCAAGAAGAUCCCUAUGAGGAUGUUAACGACAGCGUAGCUAUCAUGGCACCCAAGAAGGAUGCAUCUGUGGCUGAAGCCAAGCCAGUGGGUUUGUCCAUUGCUGGUGAGGGGGGCGUGGCCAGUUCCAAGCCCAAUGCAGUGGCAUUGUCCGGACGUAAUGGCCUGGCUGUAGCCUCACCCAAAGCCACUGCCAUCGCUGGUGUUUCGCCCGAGGAGGCAGCUGCCUUCAGCAUUAGUUUACCCUCACGCAAUCAGCUGGUGAUCAAGACCAGCAAUUCGGCAGGACAGCGUCAGAGCGAUGACUAUGACUACAAUGAUGCCAUAUUUGUGUCCAGCUUUCCACGCACGCGUGAGGGUCCCGUUGGCGCAGGUGCUACCGACGCCUUGGUGCAAAAGUGGCGCACCGCCAUUGCUGAGGAAUAUGCGGCUAAUGAGCAGCAAGCUAAGGAGACGGCGCGAGGUGGCGAGCGACUGCCCGUCAUACGCGCUGCGCCCAAGCGACGUCUGCAUUAUGAAUAA